AUGUUGUCCGCAUGGAAUGAGAGUCCAGGCUGGCCAGCUGUCUCAGUCAUACUUGAAGUGUGCUGCCUGUUUAAGCUACAGUAGCUAGCUAGCUAUAAAGAACGACAGACUCAUGUUUAACGGAGGCGACAAGGCAACAACAAUGUCCAAAGACGCCGAACGGAUGAGCGAGAAGAUAAUGGAGUCGAAGGUAUUAUGGUACCCAGACUCAAAGAAGAACACACAGAUGGACAGAUUCAGGACACAGGUGAACCGAGACUUUGGUCUUAAUCUGGCCAACUACAAUGACCUGUACCAGUGGUCUGUGGAGAGCUACCCUGAGUUCUGGGCUGAGGUGUGGCGUUUCUGUGGGGUAGUAAGCUCCAGGAUGUAUGAGGAGGUGGUGGAUAUCUCCAAGAGGAUAUCGGACAUCCCAGAGUGGUUCAAAGGAAGCCGCAUGAACUAUGCCGAAAACCUGCUAAAGCACAAAGACCAGGACAAGGUGGCUCUCUAUGCAGCUACCGAGGCGAAUGACGAGAUCACCAAGGUGACGUUCGGGGAGCUGAGGCGCGAUGUGGCGCUGUUCGCCGCCGCCAUGAGGAAGAUGGGCGUCGAGACGGGCGACAGAGUCGUGGGCUAUCUACCCAAUGGAAUCCAUGCGGUGGAGGCCAUGUUGGCUGCGGCCAGCAUCGGGGCUAUCUGGUCGUCCACCUCCGUGGACUUUGGAGUCAACGGUGUGUUGGACAGGUUCUCUCAGAUCCAGCCAAAACUAAUCUUCUCCGUGGCAGCGGUGGUGUACAACGGCAAACGGCACGACCACAUGGAGAAACUACACAGUGUCGUCAAAGGACUGCCCGAUCUACAGAAGGUGGUGGUCAUUCCCUAUGUACGAAGCAAACAGGAAACGGAUCUUUCCAGGAUCCCUAAUAGUGUGUAUCUGGAUGACUUUUUGGCCACAGGGAAGGAGGGGGACCAGGCCCCUCAGCUGGAGUUUGAGCAGCUGCCCUUCUCUCACCCCCUGUUCAUCAUGUACUCCUCUGGGACCACGGGAGCCCCCAAGUGUAUGGUGCACUCGGCAGGGGGGACGCUUAUCCAGCAUCUAAAGGAGCACGUUCUCCAUGGCAACGUGACCAGCAGUGAUGUCAUCAUCUACUACACCACAACGGGCUGGAUGAUGUGGAACUGGCUGGUGACGUCGCUGGCCGUAGGGGCCUCUGUGGUUCUGUACGACGGCUCACCUCUCAUGCCCACACCCAACGUCCUCUGGGACCUUGUGGACCAAUUGGGCAUCACUAUUUUCGGGACAGGGGCAAAAUGGCUGGCUGUUCUGGAGGAGAGAGAUCUAAAGCCUGCGAACACACACGCGCUGCAGACCCUGCACACCAUCCUGUCCACAGGCUCGCCCCUGAAGCCCCAGAGCUACGAGUACGUCUACCGCUGCAUCAAGAACAACGUGCUGCUGGGUUCCAUCUCAGGUGGAACAGACAUUGUGUCCUGCUUCAUGGGCCAGAACGUGACGGUCCCCGUGUACAGGGGAGAGAUUCAGACGCGGAACCUGGGCAUGGCUGUGGAGGCCUGGAGCUGUGAUGGAAAGCCAGUGUGGGGGGAGAGUGGAGAGCUGGUGUGUCUGAAGCCAAUCCCCUGUCAGCCCACCUACUUCUGGAAUGACGAGAAUGGGAGCAAAUACCACAAGGCUUACUUCUCCUCCUUCCCAGGUGUUUGGGCCCACGGUGACUACUGUAAAAUCAACCCAAACACAGGAGGAAUAGUCAUGCUUGGCAGAAGUGAUGGAACUUUGAACCCCAACGGCGUGCGCUUUGGGAGCUCAGAGAUCUACAACAUUGUGGAGGCCUUUGAGGAAGUGUCCGACAGCCUUUGCGUUCCGCAGUACAGCGGGGACGGCGAGGAGAGAGUGAUCCUGUUCCUCAAGAUGACACCCAACCAGUCCUUCGGCCCGGAGCUGGUACAAAAAAUUCGCGGAGCCAUCCGGAAAGCUCUCUCCGCACGCCACGUACCGGCACUGCUCCUGGAGACCAGAGACAUUCCUUACACCCUCAGUGGGAAGAAGGUGGAGGUGGCUGUGAAGCAGGUGAUCGCUGGGAGGGAGGUGACCCAGCGAGGGGCCUUCUCCAACCCGGACUCCCUUGACCUCUACAAGAACCUGCCAGAGCUCCAGAACUUCUGAGAACUUCCACAGUACACAUGACAAAAACAAAACAACAAAAAAAUAGUUUCCGCAGAAACUCUUGAACUCUUGUCCAUUGAAGAGGGGAGGAGCUGGGCCAUUAGGUACCGGCCAUUGAAUGGUGGCCCUGGCUUCUCUUCCUCCUUUAACUCUUCAGUGACCUCCUUACACGGCCAUCCCAUUGGUUCCCUCUGGGUUCAGGACUGACCCAAAAAAGAAAAAAUAGGAAUCCAGAAAAAUGCGACGUACUAACAUUGACAUCCCCCAUUGCCCUUUAGGGAAUGCCUUUGCUCUGGCUUGUGUAAAUGUGUACACUGUUCCUCUUUACGGGACUGGAGAUUUGCUUCUCACUGUUGUUGUUCUAGUGUUGUCAGUGUUAAUGACGUGGCCUAACUCAUUAUGAUAAAGUGGAGGUAAGUAAGUAUGGACCUGCCAAUAGGACCCAGGUGUUUAAGAGAACGUUGCAUUUUUUAAAUAGCUUUAUUGCUAUAAAGGGACGAGGGAGUGGGUGUGUUGAAAGAUCAUUUUGACAUUCAACAUCAAAAAAGGCAUUUUAACCUACUGUUUCCUUUUUAAAUUGUGAACACAGCCAGUCAAUCUUCAAAACAGAGCUAAAAAAAAAUAGCAUCCCCUCCCACUUCUUUAACGCCUUCUAGUCCCGCCCACCUUCUAGUCCUGCCCACCUUCUAGUCCCGCCCACCUUCUAGUCCCGCCCACACAAACGGCUAUUAUAACUCUUAUUCGCCCGUAUUCAUGGCAGCUCCUCAGUGGGUGGAAGAGAGACAGUCUCUGCCAAAUGACCAAUGAAAUGGCUGUGUGAUGAACGACACAGCAGACUUUAGGCAAUUAACGAGCCCCCUGGAGUCUUCCUGGAGUCUUCCUGGUGUUACGGCGGUCACGGAUAAGCGCUGGUAUUAUACUCUUAAGGGUUUGUUGUUUAACUCCUAAAAUAGAUUUUUAGUUGUGUUUUUACUCUAAACUAACUACACGUGUUCAGACGCACGUCUCCAAACAGCUAUACAUAUCUCCUGUUGUGGUGAGCCAUGAAAUCACCUCAGUUAAACACUCUUAAUGGUGGUGAUGGGCUUGUAGUCCUUUAACAAUAUCCCAAAUAACCAUUGAGCCUGUGCUUAUUGUAAUGUAAUUCCUUAAACUUCCCUCAGUGUAGCCCGAAGCCUACCUGUUCAAUGGUGUGUUUUAGUAUGUCCCCAAUGUCCUCUGGGGCUCCCAUGUAUCAUACCGUUUAGGUUGUAUUGAACCCCUUAGUUCACCCUGUUGCUUGAAGGAUGCUCCACUGAAUUCAUUCAGACUGAGCAUUGAGCAGUCCCUCCAGGAUUCCGCAAUCGCACGUUUUUUGCUAAAUCAACAAUUCCCUGCAUAUUAUGCGAGGGCUUGCAAAUUUGACCAAUCACUGCACAAAUUCUGCAUAAAACAGUAAAAUCAUCUGUUUUUCUUAUAAAACUGACCCAUCAUCGCAGUACAAAAAGAGGGCUCGCAAUUUCAACCAUUCACCACACAUUUACGGCAUUAUAUGGUUCAAUCAAGCCGCAUGUCAACAAACAUUUUCCCUCGUCAGCGCAUUUUCGCGACAAAUUGGACAACAUCAUCGACAGUCACUGAUAUGGACAUCAGUCCAAAGUGUCCUCGACGGAGACUGGCUUUGGUUUAAGACACACGUGUGGGGGGGGGGAGAAGGAGCUUCAUGUUUUUACUACAGGAGUUUUUUUUAUUCCCUGUUUAGGGAAUCAACUAAGCACUUAGGUUACAAAACAUUCAUUAUCUCUUCUGCAUUCCAAAUGCCACCCUAUUCCCUAUAUAGUGCUCUACAUUUGACCAGCCCAUAGGUCACUGAAGAGUAUAGUGUGUCAUUUGGGACGCUGUCAGAUUCACAUUCCUCUGGAAUAUUCCAUUUAGUCUUCUUUAAUCUGUUGUCUCUUUUUUUUUUUUUUUUGUACAAGACCUUCCUCCAAUAAAAAAAAAUCACGUUAUGUCUAUUUGAUUGCCCUCAGAUCAUCUCUAGUCUGUUUUUUGAUUCGUAUAUUUUAAAGGUACAGCCUUUUUUAAUUUAAUGUGUUUUUUUUGCGUUAACAUAAUUGUAUUGCUCCAUGUAUGAUGAAUGUGGCAUUGACUUUGUGAUACAGUAUAUGAAUAUAUAUGUAAGGAUAUGUAAUGUGUUGUAUCAUGCACUACUUUGCAUCGUCCCUGUAACCAAUCAAUGGACAAAGAUGCAUAUUCUAUUCAAUACAGCACCAACUUGAUCAAAUAAAAUGUAACAACUUGAUUUCA